AAAAACCCAAAUUACUUUCUGGAAUUUUCAAAUGCAGGGAGGGGUAUCUUUAGUAAAGAAGCAGGGAGGGGCAAAUAAGUAAAAUGAUAGACAACGGCAGGCACCGUCUAGAUUCACAGAGUCGUCACCAACCUCCAAACUCUCUCUCAUAUUUCCUCUGCAAAACCUAACCGGAGACGCCGUCGUUUACGACGCCGGUGCCUCCGAAACCUGUUCCCCGAGAAUGAAGCGAGGCGUCGGCUUCUCUCUGCCGGUAACCGUCGUCGUUUUGGCCAUCACUUACAUAUACUUCUCCACGGUAUUCAUUUUCAUUGACCGGUGGUUCGGCCUCUUGUCCUCCCCUGGAAUCUUCAACGCCGUGGUUUUCACCGCCAUCGCUCUCAUUUGCGUCUUCACCUACGCCGUUGCCGUAUUCACGGAUCCGGGUCGAGUCCCCUCCGACUACGCACCCGACAUCGAAGACGCGGAAAACCCUAUCCACGAGAUCAAGCGUAAGGGUGGGGAUUUAAGAUUCUGCCAAAAGUGUUCUCAAAAUAAGCCUCCCCGUGCGCAUCAUUGCCGUGUUUGCAGAAGAUGUGUUUUGCGCAUGGAUCACCAUUGCAUUUGGAUAAAUAAUUGCGUUGGGCAUGCAAACUAUAAGGUUUUUUUCAUUUUCGUCGUGUAUGCUGUAAUUGCGUGCAUCUAUUCCCUGGUCUUGCUUGUGGGAAGUCUAACUAUUGAUUCCCCAGAUGAUGAGCAGCAAAGUGGAGACUCUUUCAGAACGGCAUAUGUCAUUUCUGCGCUGUUGGUUGUCCCUUUAUGUGUGGCCCUAAGCGUUCUUUUAGGUUGGCAUAUUUACCUCAUUUUGCAUAACAAGACCACGAUUGAGUACCAUGAAGGAGUUAGAGCUAUGUGGCUUGCGGAGAAAGGAGGGAAUGUCUAUUCACAUCCAUACGAUCUUGGUGCCUAUGAAAACCUGACUACGGUUCUGGGCACAAAUAUCCUCAGCUGGGUGUGCCCCACAUCAAGACAUAUUGGUUCUGGUCUUCGCUUCAGGACUGCCUAUGAUAAUUUAACCGGUGCAUUAACAUCCAAAUGAAGUUGAUCGUUGGCUAAUUUUGGGAUUGCACUGGUCGUAUCAGUACUUCUUUCAGUUAAACUGCAAAGGGAUGGAUGAGUGCUGAUCUUGUGAUGAUGACUGGGGUGGGCUGCUUGUAGGAGUCCCAGCAUGUAGAGACUAUAUGCUUGGGGUAGUUGAGGAAGGAGAAAAGGUCCUUGCUCAAUUUCUCACCCAGAUUAACCACAGUCUAGGAGAUGCAAAAGCUGUUUGCUAGGUGAUUUGAAUGAAGGGUUUUGAGUGUGAUGGCCCUUGUUAAUAGCUAAAGCUGAACUGGUCUUUGCCUCACGAGACAUACACAGGUUUUUUCUUUUUCAUUUUUUCUUGUGUUCUUCCCCUACCUCUGGGUGACCUUUUGGAUCAUGUAGAGUUUUAACAGAGACGAGGUUCUCAACUGAUAAAAGCUUGUAUAAAGUGGGAAUCAGAGUCAAAAAGUCUCAUGUAGAGAUCUUCUGUGUCUGCCAAAUGAUUGGAAGUGUCCAUGUGACAGAGUUGUAAUCCUUGUAACGGGACAAAAUAAACAAAUUUGUGUUGUAUUUAAUUUCAAUGUCAUUCUUUAUA